GUUUCAGCGUACCUCGGCACCGGGUGAGUUUUAGUAUAUGCCCGAAGUUGGGGAUUGCGUGGGCAUUGUGACCCGUCCCAGGCCAUGGACUAGGAGGCCAGAAGAUCACCACGGUGCCGCGCCGGGAUGGAUCCACUCAGAGCCCAACAGCUGGCGGCGGAGCUGGAGGUGGAGAUGAUGGCUGAUAUGUACAACAGAAUGACCAGUGCCUGCCACCGGAAGUGCGUGCCUCCCCAUUAUAAGGAAGCAGAGCUGUCUAAGGGCGAGUCUGUGUGCCUGGACCGAUGCGUCUCCAAGUACCUGGACAUCCAUGAGCGGAUGGGCAAAAAGUUGACAGAGUUGUCUAUGCAGGAUGAAGAGCUGAUGAAGAGGGUGCAGCAGAGCUCUGGGCCCGCAUGAGGCCCCAGACAGCAUAUACCCCAGGUGCACCCUGCCUCUUCCCACUUGUCUAAUAAAAGUGCUGCCUAUUAGGGGUCAUUCGUGAAGACUGCCAGGCCUAGACUCUCUUUGGAGAGUCUCCAGAGCCUAGAGUGUGAUAGAGUUCUGUCUUAUUUGAAGAAGGGGUAUUUGUCACACUGGUGUGUGACUAUGUGUUUAUGUGUAUGUACAUAUAUAUUAAACAAGUUUGUUGAUA